ACAGAUGAGCAAUUGUUUACGCCUCAGAAAAAAGACAGGAUUUGUGAACAGCACUUUUGAAGAAGAAUAAACUUGAAAAACGAUGUUAUCCCAAUAUAUGGAAGAGUUUGAACAGGAACCUUUCGAGGUCAGUGGAUUUGUGGAAAGGCUGACUUGGCGCACCAAUAAUGAGUGUGACAACUAUACGGGCAAGCAAUCUCAAUUAGAUGGAAUAAUCGCUGCCGGCAUAAAAGAUUUCAAUCCAACAGCUUUACAUGACACUUUCAUACAAACAAUUAAGGACCUGAAAAUUCUACAAGAGAAACAACAAGCGAAAUGCGAACGUUUGGAGGAGGCCCUAAAACAAGAGCAAGAAACUCAUGCCAAGAAUAUUUUAAAACUACAGGAGCGCCAUCAAUUGGCAUCCGAUGUUUUCUGGCAGUUGGAUGAGAAGAUUAAUUCAGUUGCAGGAAAAAUUAUACACUUGGGAGAACAAUUGGAGAAUGUCAACACACCUCGAAGUCGUUCCGUAGAGGCGCAAACAUUGUUGAACUAUAUGUCGGAAUUUCUUAUCGCUGGACCGAUUGUUAAUGAUAUAUUUACCGAUCCAACGCGUCUCUAUGAGGCGGCUGAUGUCAUACAAAAACUCUAUGCCAUAGCCCAAGAUCUACCACCGGAAAAAUUCCUUGAAUCGAAAAAGAAAAUUGAAAGAAAAUAUGAUGAAGUAGAACGUCGUCUAAUCGAGGAGUUUGCUACAGCCCAAAAGAGUGAGGAUAUAGAGAAGAUGAAGAAAUUGGCUCAAAUUUUGUCACAAUUUAAAGGAUAUGCCCAGUGCAUUGAUGCUUACAUAGAACAAAGUCAAAUGACCCCUUACGGUGGUAAAGACAUAUUCAUAGGCAUUGUGCCCAUGUGUAAGCAUCAUUAUGAGAUUAUCAAAAAGGUAUUUGCCAAUCCACAACAGGUCAUGUCCAAAUUUAUACUGAAUAUAUAUCAAUUGAAAUUGCAUCAGUAUGCAAUGACCAAAUUGGAUGAUAAGCGGGAUGAGGAGAAAUAUUUGAAAACAUUGUAUGAGUUAUAUUCGCGUACCCUCAAAUUAUCGUCCGAACUUCAGCACUAUAUGUCAGCCAUGGAUGAUGAUCUGCUUAACAAACUCACCCAACAAAUUUUCCAAAAACAUUUAAACGGUUAUGCCGAAAUCGAAUCAAAAUUCUUAACCACAAAAUGUUCCACAGAACUUGAGAAAUUCUAUGUCAGUAAAAAUCACCAAAAGAAACCAACUGAACGUUUUCAAGAGUUGAAGAGAGAUAUGCAGGUGCUUAUUAGGACAAAGGCCAAUAUCAAUAUAGCCCAAGUGGAAGAUUAUGGUGGGGAGACAUUCCUCUCUGAGGAGUUGGCCAUUAAAAUGUUGCAAGAGGCUAAUGCUUCACUAAAACGAUGCCGCAUAUUGUCUAAUGAGGCUGACUUGCCGGUUAAUAUUAUCAAAUUAAAUGAUAUCUUGCUGAGAUUUCUAAUGCAUGAACAUGCUACCUAUGCCUUGGAUUUGGGAUUGAAUAUAAUACCCAUUGCCGAUACGGGUAGGCAAUUUCCUCAACUUUAUUUCUUUGAUGUGGUGCAAAAAUCCAAUAUCAUAGUUCAUCUGCUGGAGGAUCAGUGCAACACCUCGGUGGUACCUUGCGUUCUCAAUACUCCCAAGUAUUCGGAAUAUGUUUUCAAAAAACGCAUUCUUAUGGAACAGGUGGAGAAUAAACUGGAUCAAGGUUUGGAUAGAACAUUGAAUGCGGUUAUUGGCUGGGUUAAACAAUAUCUAUUAAAUGAACAGAAGAAGACAGACUACAAUAAACCAGAUUCAGAGUUUGAUACAAUAACUUCAGCGGCAUGCCUACAUGUUGUACAAAACAUUCACCCCGUCAUACAACAAAUUAAAAAAUGCAUUGAUGGUGAAAACCAAAAGCAAAUAUUGCACGAAUUCGGAGUACGAUUACAUCGCAUUAUUUAUGAUCAUCUACAAACAAUGCAAUUCAAUACAGCGGGAGCAAUGUGCGCCAUAUGUGAUGUCAAUGAGUAUCGCAAAUGUAUACGGGAGCUCGAUAGUCCUCUGGUCACCCAACUCUUUGAUAUACUACACGCCUUGUGCAAUUUGCUGUUGGUGAAACCGGAGAAUUUAUUGGAGGUUUGCACCGGAGAAACUUUGAAUUAUUUGGACAAAUCGGUGGUGCGUCAGUUCAUACAAUUGCGAGCUGAUUUUCGUGAUAUAAAAAACAAUAACAAUUUAAAGGGGAUUAUUGAAUAAAUUUUUGCACGAUUCUUCGUAUAGUCUUGUAGAAAAAAAAACAACAACUACAUAUAACAGAGAUAAAAUGAAAACAUUACCACUUGAAGAUACUUCAAAUCACUGUAUUAAUCAUCCCUAUUUAAAGAAAAUAUUUUAUUUAUACACAAUCUCUUAAGUUAAACUAUUCCAUAUGUAUGAGUAAUGAAAUUUUAAUAAAGUUUAAACAAAUUGUGAAAUUAAA